GCAAGUCAACACUAUUCGUCCAUAACACACCCACUUCAUUUCUGCACUGUAUGAUCAAUGAGUCUCAAUGAGAUGUUGAGUGACCACCUUUGAAAUCAAUGCAAACUGUGCUGCGGGAACUGACACGAAAUAGCGUGCACUUCUGGCAGAAAGUGGCUCCGUUCGCAUAAGGAGAGCCACGGAUCACGUCGUUAGGAGAACAGUGAGAGAUUUUCUGCUGCACUACGUCCAGAGACGUCUGCUGCUUGACGUCAGGAGAAGUCUGAGCGCACAGAGCACAGCAACCACAUCGCUCCCAGCGGGAAGGAGAACACAUCACAGCCACACGUCGUCCUUCAGGUACGUUUUUUUAUUAUCUUUCUAUCCCCCUCACUCUAAUGCAUGAUCAAUCUUCUGUUUUUGGUGAUCAAACUUGUGCAGAGCGGGCUCAGGGUCGCAUGUCUGCAGCCUCCCCGCUUUCAACCCCCAAAGAUGCUGCCAUCCCUUUUGACUGUCGUACCCUUGAGCGCUGCAGCACGGCUCGCACACCCACACUGCCUUCACCCCCUUCUCCUUUCUGUAGCCUUUCUCUAUUUGCAUGAUCACCAACACGAAAAUCGAACUCAGAGUUGCAGACAUAUCGCAACAACAAUUCUUAAAUCACACUCAGCCUCCUGCUUGUCAUUCACGCCCUGCAGCUUUCAUGCAGGGCAGAGCUGCAAAGGUUUCUCACAGGAAUUGCUUCAGUUCCCUUUAGUUACAGCUGUUUUACUGGUAGAUUUUGUCCUCUAUUUAAUUAAAAAAUCUAAUUGUUAAAAGCCUCAUAUGUUAAAUAUGGAACAGGUCUCUCAGCUGGUUUCUGCAUCUACUAACCAUGCAUAUGUUUCAUGAGAUGGUUUUAUACAUGCUGCACUGUUUGCUCUUCUUUAAAGCUGUUAUUCGUUUCUAUUUAUUAUUUCCUGAAUGGUUAAGGAGAGAGGCCCGGGUGUUGUAGUUGUGGCUGUGACAGCGGUCAUGUUUUCUGUAAUUGUGCGAGUGUAUUUUUAACUAAAUGAUGGCUGUGGUCAUGACUAAAAAAGAAGUUUGUGCUCUAUUUGACAAGAUAGAUCGUAAACCUGUCUGAUGAAAAUAAGCAGCGUGCAAGAGCAAAUGUUUCGUUUUGAGAACAGACUGCAGCUUCAGUUUAUGCGUUACCUAUCAGUCCUCUUUCAUAUAAAAACUCAAGCGCCUACUUCUCCCUCUGUCCAAUCGAACUUCAUGGUCUUAAAAAUGCAAGCAAGAGCUGCAUGGCAGAACACUUCAUAAGAGAAGAAAAUCAAUGGUUAAUUUAAUAGCUGAAGGUUUUAUGUAACAAUCACAUCAGUCAGCCAAACUGUAAUGGACAUAUUGAGCUAUUACUGAGGCAGAAUCCCACUCUCAGUCAUUUAAUUAAUUGCAUCAAGCCUAGCAUGAGUGCACAUUAACUGUUGUGUAAUAUUUCAAGUCUAGUCUUAUCUAUUGUUUCCCUCGCUGUGCUGGAAUGAUGCUCUUUCUUUGAGAGAGCAUCAGAAAGUAGUUAAACCCCCUCCUAUAACCCAGCGCAGAACCACAUAUUUGCAUUAAAGGCCAAUGAUCCCAUUGAUUUUUGAGUAAAUUAAGUACAUUUCCUCUGAUUGAAGAUCUUCAGUUAAUCACAAAGUGCAGCAGGUCUAGGCUUGUUUCGGGAGUCUCUAUUAAUUCUGCUCUUUUCGCCCUGCAGCUGUAGUGUGGCAAAUCCGAUCUGCAUUGUAGGAUGCCUCUUGGAGAGGAUGGAAACGGGUGGAAAAAGAAGACAUCAGACAUCAAAGAACAUUAUGACUUCAAAGAAGUGCUGGGGACGUAAGUUGCACUCAGAAAUGGCUUUUUAAAGUUAAAAUUACCUGAGGGGGUAAAGUGGGGCAACUGCACCAGAGGUCAAAGUUCCUCAAGAGUCCUGAACAGUAUACAGGGCUUGACACUAACUUUUUUCACAUGGAGCAAAUGUGCUCAGAAGUUGAAAAAGUAAGGAGCACACAAAGAACUUUAGGGGCACAAUGAAAAUUGAUCAAAUAAUGUGUGUCUUAUUGGUUGACAUAUGUACUAAUAUUUGAAAUCAAUUUUAGGUCUUUUGGUCACGUGACAUGGAAGCUAUUGAAGGAAAUGUUCAAAAUUUGCCUUUAAAUUUAACACAAAAGUUUUUAGAGGACAAAUUAGGGAAAUAAAGAGGUGUGUCUUAUUGUCUGACCUUUGUAUGAUUAUUUGAAAUCAAUUUUAGGUCAGUUGGUCUCAUGACAUGGAAGCUAUUGAAGGAAAACAGCCUUUUUUUGAGAACAUCAACCGGUAAUUUAUUGAUGGUCCCUUAUUCAACACCCAAUGUUGACAGCAAGGGUGAAGAGUAGAUUUAACCGCGCUGCUGUUGUUAUUCCUGGUUGUGGUGAGUGAGAAGACACCAGUAGAUCUGCAGUGAAUGUUCAUCGAUGUCCAACCUAAAACUAACUUCACUGCGGCGUUUACACGAAAACAUAUUUGUUGCCUUCCUUGCCUGACUUUUUUCAUGCAUACAUGUGCCCUUUAAUACAUUUAACAAUUCGCACACAUCUAUUUUUAGUUGCAAAUGCGAGUGAAACGGUUGCCCCUGGUAUAGCCUGACUGUGCAUAAAGUGACAAGGCAUCUUUUUCGUUUGAGUGCAAGGCCCUCUGAACUGCAAAAAAAGUGAAUGCAGGAACAUUUUGGUUUCAUUUUUGCCCCUUCUUGUUACUUCUCUUUGAUUCAUCUGUUAUGCUUGGAUGGCCUUGAAAUAGACUGUGUCUCAAAGCUCAUCUGCAUAAUAACUAUAAACCCAAAAAAGUAUGUUUUCAUUUGAAUUGCAUGAGCUUAGGGACACGAGACAAAAUCUCAUAAAGCCCCCUUGUGUGGCUUUGUAGAAACAUCAAUAAACUAGUUACAGAGUAAGGUUACGAAGGGUUUAAAAACUACUCAUCCUUUCCCCGUCUGUCCAUGCUUUCAUCGCUGCAGUAUUUGAGUCCGGACUCUCAAGAAACAUGAGUCACAUUUUGGAUGUGUCUGUCAUGUUUUUGACUCAUGUGUUUUAUUCUUGGCUUUUGUUGGAUGCUGACUCAACUAUAUCCCACUUGCCUUCGCAGUAUCCAAAAUGGAAUAUUUCCCCGGUCAAUGUGACCUCAUUGUUAGAAAUUCGAAAAAUCAGUUUAACUGGGUCACAGAUUUAUGUCUUCCGGUCAAAAGUGGACAGCAGAGUCGUAAAGAGAGACAGGCCUGUCAGCACCAGACCUGCAUUGUGUCUUCUUUUCAACAAGGUUGUGUUCUGUUUGCUCGUGCUUAAAAUGGUUUCUCAGUGGUUUUGGGGUUUGACUCGACUCAGCACUGUUGUCGCUUAAGUUGUUCUUCCUGCCCUGCUGUGUUAUAAAGAAAUGUGCAUUACGUUGUAUUCACAUGACUCAUAUAACAGCUAAAGUGAGUAGAAAGUGUAGCCUUCAUAUUUGUUUCAUGUGGAGGGUUAGCAGAGUCAUGAAUGGAUGCAAAGCUUUUUGCCGGUGCACAGACACUUGUUUUCAAGCUUUUGUUUCAUCCUGCCACUUUCUCUGAGACUAAAUUCAGUGCUCCUUUCUUACCGCCCACAAGUUACACAUUUACAAACAACACUGGGAAGCACAAUGAAACCUGUAAUUUUUGAACAUAAUACGUCUUUAACCAAAUGUGUCAGAAUCAGCUGCACAUUCUUCCACUCAUGAAAGAUUCAAGAGAUGUGAGAGUAAGUGGAGGCAGAGCAAGCUUAUGCUCAGGACUAAGGACAGAUUACAUAAGAUAGAUAGAUAGAAGCGUUAUUGUCUUUCAUGUCAACUACAAUAAAAUAUGGUCUGAGUGUACUUGUUCCUGCAGCUGUUGUCUCAGAUUUAUACAAAAACUGUUUCAAUCUCAAAUGUUGGAAACUGUUAAAUUCCCUUACAUUGCUCUUAUGCUGCGUUUGAGUUACCUCGGAAGUCAGAUUACUGAGCUGGAAGCAUUCCCCGCUCGGACUUCUGACUUCCGAGGUAACUAGAAUGCAGCAUUACAUCAACCAUGUUCGCUGUAUUUGAAACACCUUGCUUGUGCAAUGAGCGGCAAAAUUAAUCUUAAUCCAGAGUCAGGAUGUGCUAAACAGGGAUGUGUCCAUGAGUGGCAACAGUCCCCAUUGAAAUUUGACUGGAUUUUACAGGUGCUUCCAAAAACUACUCAACUUUGAUUGGGUAUUUCCCUUGUUUGAGGUGUGACUAGUAUCAAAAUCAACAAUUUGGAGUGACCUAGUUGUUUCUAUUGUAUUUUCUUUGGUACUUAAUAUUGUAGAGACAUACCUUAUACAUCUAAUCUAUGAGACUGUGCUGAGGAGAGAAUCAGUCCCUCAAAAACUGGAAGCAAACUCCUGUAUAGUGCCCAGCUGUUAAAAGUGAAUUGGCAAAAAGCGUAUUUUUGAUAGCUACUCAGAAUUCAUAGCAGUCAAGAGGUUUUAACCAAUUCGAAUCAAGUGUUUACACAGCCAGGUAAUGCAAAGUCUGAAGGUAAACACAUUCCAACUAAUAUUCCUGACUAACACUAUUUCAGACUCUAGGGGAAGCUGAGUAUGACUAAUGUUAGCAGAGUUAGCACCACCAGCCUUCAAUCCUCCUUGCAGGUUAACAUUCACAUGUCUGUGCUGGUUCUGCUCUGCUUAGGUCAAGUAGGAUUUGCCAGUGUGACCGCAUAAGAUGCUGCCUGUCAUCUGUGUUUGUUUACAUCCAGGUAGUAGAGCAUUAUAGAAUUCAGGGCCUGAGUUCAAAUAUGGAUGUUUUAAAAUAUGCUCUUUAUUACAAAGAGCUAAAAAAAAAAAAAAAAAAAGGAAGUCUGGUCACUCAGGGAAACUCAGCCUUGUCUUGAGAAGGAGGGAGACAGAAGACAGAAGGAGCUACUAUUGACAAGAAUCCCCAGUCUCCUAGUUAUAACCCAAGGUGUGGUGGUGGGGUACCCAAAGAAUUUAAUUACAGUAUAAAGAGGUGUAAAUAUUUCAGAAUUAUUCAUAUGCUAACACUGAAUAAGUUUGAUGGAUUAAAGGCUGAACAGCUGCUUGCCAAUUAGUGGGACUUCCUUAAAUGUCACGUUCAUUUGUGAUUUGAUUUAUCAUGUUUUUUGUAGUUUUUGCGAAGAUAAUUUUUCUGGUAUAAGUAACAUCUACUUCUGAUUUUCUAUCUGACACAGAUCUACAGUAUAUAUAGCGUUAUGGCAGUGGCUAUGCGCUUAUUUUUGGGCUGAUAAAAACUAAAAUAUCUGUCUGAAGAUUAGAAAUUCUGGCACCAAGCAAGACCGAGGGCGAUUGAUAAUGGAGCAUACUUCCUCAUCCAGAGGGGUAAAUGUUGCCAUGCAGUCGGUAAUGUUGAGGGCUGGUCUCACACUGACCUGUGACUACACUCUCCAGGGGGGGACAGGACUGAGUCCAGAUGGCUGGGCGGCACCCCUCCAACCACCCCCAAUCUGAGUACAAGUGACCUCGCUCAAGUCCACCUGUGAUGACAUGAGUGCGCCAUAUGGAGUGUGGUUGUUCCCUUUCUUCCCUAAAUCACACCUGCUUCCCCAGAGAGGCUGCCCAGAAUCAGAUUUUUAAUGACUGUGCUACUCUGGUUCCCAUCCAAAAAAGUGGAACAGCAGUGGGUAGAUGACUAGGCUGUCUGGUUCUGUUGAGUGCAAAAGAAGGACAUUGAAUAAGUCUCCACCAGCCGGUGUCUGUAUAUCUGAGGAUUCAUAUCUGCUGUGAAACCCUGAUAACUUCUGUUUUGAUUUUGCUAAGACUCACAGGAACUUAAAACAGCGAUUGUAAUUUGAAAUAUGAUAUUAAGGGUUAUGUAACAAGGAUUGACAGAGUGUAUUGCCAGGAUUGCAUGUUCCCAUAUUCUGGAGGAAAAAAAUAAAGGGGGAAAAUAAAUCUGUAGUAAUAUUCUUUCCCUCCUGUCACUAUAGCUGGACCUGGCAGAGGGCAGAAUUAAUGUGUUGACGGAAAGCUCCUUAUGCUGGGAGAGAAGAUUACAGAGGAGCUUUAUCCAGGAAUUCAGCGUGUGAAGUUAAUUGAUUAAUGUUGGAAUAUUAUAUUCAGAUCCAGCUAAUCCUCGCAGUUCUACUUCUGUUUGGAGUCCACUCCAGGACGAGCCGUCCUUUAGGAGGCCUGAGCAGAUGAAAAGAAUCCCCGACUCUAAAGCCGCCAUGUCUGACCCUGAGGCCAUAUGUUUCUUUUUAUUUUUUUUUUACAAAAUUAAAAGAAAUCAAAUAGUGUUUACAGCUCUUUUAAUUUGUUUUCUUUAUGAGGCCUUUUAGUGUUGUGAUUUAGUUUUAAAGUAGAGUCACCAGAGUCGAUAUGUAGACAUACAUCUGUUGCUCUAGUUGACAAAUGAAGGUACAACCCUACAAACAGAUGAAACAAGCUUUCCUCUCUCAGGAUUUCCCUACUGUGAUAUGAAUCCCAUCUUAACUCAAAGAUAUAAGCAAGUGACGCUCAACAAUGACCGAUUAUUGGGGGUGACUGAUGUCUGUCCAUCCAUUAUGAACUCACUUAUCCUGUUCAGAGCUGCAGGUAGGUUUGAGCUUAAACCCAGCUCAUCACAGGGCUAGGUAACUAGAAACACUCACACUGCUUUUGAGCAACUAAGGUCGUGUUCACACCAGCCUUGUUUAGUCCAGUUGAACUGAACCCUGGAGUGUUUACCUCCUUGGUGCGGUUCGUUCUGGUCGGUGUGAACGCCGGCCUCGAACUCUGGUGCGGACCAGUCAACCACUCUCGGGUCUGCCUGGUAGGAGUGUUCUUGGACUGCUAUCAAGUGAACUCUCAAGCGGUUUACUUCUGGUGUGAACCCCAUUUUACAUGUCAUGUUUUGGUCAGAGGCAACGUUAUCAAAGUGUGGCUAAUGUCUGGUAGGGAACAAACGUGAAGCCACUAAUUACUGCCUGUCGUCCUCUGUGAUAUGACCGAUUGCACAGCAUCUCCUGGGACGUGCGUGUACUAAUACAUUCUUUAAUUGCCGCAGUCUUCCCAGCCUUUCAUAUGCACGGUUUGUUAAAGUCUGCUGAUGCGCAAUCCAGAUCAGCACCAACAUAAAAACAAGCAGACGAUGCUCCAUGAUGUACAGCAAAAAUUGCGAGGGAUUUUUCGUCUACCUGUCUAAAUUGUAUAAGUAAUCACCGAAUGGCUUUUGCUGCCACGUGACAAUUUUUAGACUGUCUUAGUUUGGCUUUUAUGAACGCAAACCAGACAAGUUGAGAAAUUGCAAUAAUGUAUCAUCGAUGUAAAAUUAGAAAAUAGAUGAUAAAUAAAUUCUAAAAAAAAGGCAAUAAUUAAAAUAAAAUCAAACUGUUGUACAUGCUUGGAAAUAAACUACGUCGUGAUUUAUUUUUUUGAGUGUAUACUGUAUGCACUAGCAGGGUUAGCUUUUUCAGAAAUCUUCAUUGUCAUUCACAACCUUGAGGUACUUUUUAAAAUUCCCCUGAGAGCACUUUGUGACUUUUGCAGCUGACGUGAUGUUCUUGAACGAUAUUAAACUGAAACAGGAGUCUCGACAAAACAUUACAUUUCAGUCUCAUGAACAUGUACACCUGUGCUGGCAGCUCUGUAUGACAUAAAUAAAGAGCACAGACCUGCUGGCAAAACAUUUUUAGCAUUUUUGGACCACAACACAUGUCUCCUUAAAACAUUGCUGGUGUUAAAUCCUUCUUUCAAGUCUCUUAAUGAUGUAACUACUAACUAUAUAUCACACAGUUGAUAACUGUAUAGGUAGGGACAUACUUUCAAUAAUACAAAUAAUAUCUAUACCUGAAGCAUCAACAUCUCAUCCUUGCAUUUGUGUUGUAUUUAAGGUGGUUGUUAUUUUUAUUUCCAUGCUCACUUCCACUAAAAUAUUUGCUCUCCUCACUAAUCAGUCGGAUCUGGAUCUAGUCUAAAAUGUACUAGGUUGUUCUUUGGCUUCUGUCACACGUUUCCACCAAGUUUUAUGAAAAUCAGGCCAGCAGUUUUUUCCAUAACCCUCCUGCCGUACAGUGAAGUGGCACAAAAACACCUCCUCCUCCUCCUCAGCGGAGCUAGAAAUUCAAGGGAAAAGGAAGGGAGGCCAGUUUUAAGAGUCACUGUCUGUUCUGUGUGUAUAAUGUGCAUAAACAUUGAGGCUCUGCAGCUCCAAACACUGUUAGAAAGCACUUGUGCUGGUUGUGUGUUUAUUGUAAAGAGCUUGUGAGUUCAGAGGUUUGGCUCAUCAUACGGGAUUUUAGAGGAGAAAAUGGAAACAAUUCAUUUUUACUUUAUUUCAGUGAAUGGUCCGGUUCCUGGCUUUUCAGUCUAUUUUUCAUAAUGAACCUAUUUUAAGAAUGAAUCCAGAGAAUAUUUGGAGUGUUGUACUGUAGUGGUGUAUGUCCACUCAUCUCCCCUCUCUGCUUACUUUGCCUCUCUCACAAACACAAACAAAAGCACACAUAGGAAAUGGAUUAGUCUAAAAAAAGAAAGCUUUUUUGAGACUUGGCUGCAUGUUUGGCUCAGAGAGAGUGCUUGCAUCAGAUGUGAUCGAUGGACUGACAGAAGAUUGAAGCUGUCUCCAGGCCUGACUUUGUUUGACUGAUACUGCAGUCAGUUAUUACAAAAUUGAACACAAUGAAUCACAAUUAUAUGAAAAAUUGAGCAUGUUUCAGGGCUUCAUUCAUACACCAUUCAAUCCAUCCACUUGAUGACAUGGACACAUACUGUCACUGUAGAAAUAGGCAUGAGCUGAUCUUGAAGAAAUGCACUUUUACCUAAGUUGGCAAGUCUGCAAUGCGCUUGGAGAAUCUCUUCAGCUUUUUUUUUUUUUGUUUUGUCAAAUACUUUAUGAUUGAAUGCAGCCAGAAGUGUCUCUACCUGGGUACAAAUAUCAGUAAGUGAUGUUUAGUGUCGAUGGGUAUGCCUCUAACAUCUGACCAGUGCAGAUGAAUUUAAUAACUUGCUGAUUUGAGACACAUUAGCAAUCAUUCAGGAAAGACUUCACACAGAGUUUGGUGCAAGCUGCGUUAAAUGGGCACAAAUAAUCGGAAUAGAUGCCCGAUCGGAUGCGUCAUGUAAACAUGUCGAUCGGAAGAUUCUGAUCCAAUUCAGCUCAAUCAGAAAGAAAUUGUAUUCCGAUCAAGAGGUUUGGUUUAUGCUGAUCGUUAUCGUUAAAUGCGUCCAUGUAAACACUUAUUCUUAUUGUGACUCUCUUACCUGAUUCAAUCUUCACUCUUUAGCCUUUAGCUUUUUUAUUGAUCCCAGUACAGGAGGUUCAAUUAUUGACACACUCUGGCAUAAAACACAACCGCAGGUGCCGUGUUUGCUCUUCCGGUAACAUAACGAGACGUACAUACAGCGUAAUGAUGUCACAUCUGCACGCACAGUGCAACCUUUGACAGAACAGUAAAAUAAACACGCAAGGGCGCCAUCUAGUGACAACAUUUAACAGGGAAAAAACCUCCUAAACUGGAUGGAGUGAGCCGCUACCGCGUUUGUUGGUUUGUUGACAGCACAGGCGUAAGUACAACUCUUCUUCUGCGGUUGUUUUAGCGAAAUCAGACAACUGCGCAUGUCCAAAUGCUUCUAAUGUGAAUAACACUUAGCGCAUAACGCACAUCAUGAUCGGAUUAUUUGAUUUUGCACCCAUAUAAACAGUGGAUUCAGAUUGCUAGUAGCUAGUAAUAGCUAGCUACAGUCCCAAUAUACUGGUAUGGUCAGCAACUGCCUUUUUGAUAAAACAAAAAAUGAUAGUGGCAAUGUGCUAAAAGUAAGAAUAACAGAACUGAGAGUACUUAAAGUUUUCCUAUGGACUGGUUGCCACAUGACAUAAACCAAGGGGAAAGAAGUAGCAGCAGCUCCUGACUUGGACACUUUUAAAAAUCUGAUGUGUAAACUGCUACUCAGGAAUUCUGAAGAAGCAAACAUAGUUUAUCUACAAUACUGUAGGUCUAGCUGGUCAAUACGGAGCCUUGGAGUGUGUUGUCAGUCCAUUUUACAGCUCUUUUUCCCCAGGAAGCCCUUUUGACUAACAUCCCAUCAUGUUAAAAUUCAUAACAAAAUAACACGAAGUGAUGCCUCUAAGACAUGGUAGAUGAAAAUAAGUGCAUGCUUAUCAAAGUGAAAGCGCAGAGAGACUCUGACAACGAUAUGAGAACGUGUGAAUCAAUAUUUUCCCAUAAGGACAGCUGGGAUUUCACUGUCUCCAACAACUUGUGUGUGUUUGUGUGUGUGUGUUAUGUGUGCAGAGAACCAUGCUGUUGUGUCCAUGUUGUGCUGAUGGCUUUGGGGCAGACACCAUCACACUGUUACAGAUGCAUCAUAAACAGACACAGGCUGUUAUGUAAUGCAUCAUCUUUCUGCCUGUCUGUCUACGUGUUUGUUUGUCUGUCUGCUUGUCAGCCUGUCUGUCUUUCUGAAACGUCUAAAAAUAUUCAGUGUAGCUCAUGCAUAUAACAACAAACUGAGCGUCAGCGAUGAGUCUUGAGACUUGUGACUCAUGUAAAUCUAUUUCAAUUUGUUAGCGGCGAUUUAAUGUGCAUGCCAGGGUUAUUAACUGGUGUUUGGUGAGGGAAAAGGAACAGUUAGCUGGUGUUAAGUCUCGACAGAGGGAGAUAAGACCUCGAUAGAUACUUUAUUGAUCCCCAACUGGGAAAUUAAAACGACUGCGUUGGCCGGGAAUCGAACCCGGGUCAACUGCUUGGAAGGCAGCUAUGCUAACCACUAUACCACCAACGCCUGAUGAAACCGGUGACGUGUGAGAUCGUUUUGUCCGUAAUAUUGCCUUUACUUUUUAAGAAUUAAUAAGGUUUCAAUUGAUCAGAACGAAGUGUGACAGCAGAGUUAUACAAUUAGAUGAACUAAUUAACUAAAUUCCAGCUGUAAGAGAAGUAAAAUAAUUUAAGUCUAUAUGUGUCUGAAGUCUAUAGAAUAUCAUAAAUCUUGCUACGGCUUUGUAUUCCCAUAUAAGACUUACACGUUUACAGGGCUCUCAAGUUUUGAACUAAGCUUAGAGUGAGAUUUCCUUGGGGGGGGGGGGGGGGUAGUAUAAUAAUCUAAUAAAUACAAUGGAGUAUGAGGGCCACAUUAAGAAAGAAAAAAACAUUUUUAAAUCUUUGAGAUUAAAGUUAUUAUUUAGGAGAGUUGUUAAAAUCAGCACUGAGGAGCAUUUAGAUGAAUUGUACUUUAGUAUAGGUUUCACAGACAUGGAGAUACUUAAUCCUUUGGUAUAUCAGCAUUACACUGUCACGAGUAUCGGAACUUUAAAAAGAAUAUAUGAGAAAUGCUGCUUUUGUGGAGGGGAAAUGGCUGUACAGAGGCUAAAUUCAUCAAUGCAGCUGUUAACAGCAAUAGCAUAGGGCUUUAGUUUAUCAUAUGAGUUUAUCUGCCAUGAGGUGUUGAGGUCUCUGCAUGUGUCGGUUACUGACUUACUGUAAUCAUCGGGUCUUUCUCGUCCUUAUAAAAACCUGCUCUAUUUCAGCAAGUGUCUGUCUUCUUCUGUAGUCAAACCGCAAGAUAUCAAAAUCUAUCCGGAUACAGCAAUGCUGCUUUUUGAUUGGCUGUUCAGUAGAUAUACUUUAUUUGAUUGGCUUGCGCGUGGCACGCAGCUUCUGAACUCUCGGAGAAACUCCGUUGAUUUCCCCCUGUUCCAUAGUUAAAGAGGUGCAACUUGGUGGACAUCACCAUGUUCAUUUAAAUGCGUGAGAAAUACAAUGUGUGGCGUGUGAGCGUGUGAACAGGUGGGAAUGCGUGUGUCUCACGCUGAAUGCGUGAGACUUGAGAGCCCUGCGUUUAUAUCAUCACUUCAGCACAGCCACAGCAGCUUCCUCUCCUCUUUUGUCGACUGUGUCUUUCAUGAAACCCCCCGAGAGUAAACCCCCCACUGUGUCUGGUAGAAAUUAGCAACUGGAUGGCUAAUUACAAUGUGUCUCACAGCAACAGCAGCAAACCUUGUAUGCAAGCAUUUUUUAACUUUAUUUGGGAGAAUAAUUAAAGUGUGGAUGCGAUCACGGCAGGGGUAAACUUGGGUCAAAUUUUGUAACUAGUAAUCAAGUUUUUGUCCUGACUUUCCCACUCUUGGUUCUGAAUUUGAACCUGGAAAUAGCAAUAUUUGCAGAAACUGUGUGGGUGAAGACCUGUUACGUCUUGGACACAAAAAUACAAGCUUUGCUUGGCUUGAUCUUCAUGAUAACUCUGCUUCUAUUUACAAAACUGCAUUUUUUUGGUUACAGAUCCGAUCAUUGCUCAACCAGCUGAACCUUAGGAGGUUAACCUACCCAGCAAAAAGUGGUUGAAAAGACGUUGAAAAGACGUCUUCACCAUACAUCUAAACAACGUCUAGAUUCGGUCCGUCUAAAUGAAGCCCAAUUUUCAAUUUUUUUAAAAGCUAAAUUACAGCCAUGAUGGGCCAACGUGAUCUAGCCUGUAAAAAGUCGUCUAAAUGACGUCGGGUGUUUGGUGGGAAGCUUAAAAUAAAUCAUUUUUUUAAAGAAUUUGAAAAGGUUUCCUGAUACAAACUUCUAUAAAUUAGACCGGCUGAGAGUGUGUGGCAUCGUUUAUGCUAGACGUAAGUCUUCUCUCAGACUGCAUUUUCUUACAUUGCUGUGUUUCGGACAUAACAACCUUUGCUAAUGGCUAAAUGGAUAGCUAAUUUAGGGUGACCAUAUGUCCCUGUCUACCCGGACAUGUUCUCCUUUUUGUCCGGGAGAGUUUAUAAAAUCCUUAAAAUGUCUGGGGUUUCGUAUGGAAGUUUUGAGUUUGUGUCCUGUGGACUUCCUGAGUUAGAAGUACAUAAAAACACUCAACCCGAGAAAUUCUUGAAAUUUACUACGCGUGACUUUGUGACCCCGCCCCCUUGUAGUCGUGUCCUCUUUUUGGGGAUUCGGAAUAUGGUCACCCUAGCUAAUUAGACAAUAAAAUGGCAGCAAUUCAAUACAUUUGGUCGUAUAUUAGUGGUCCGGCCAACUUGCUUAAGUUCAAACAGAGCAGCAGAAUGUGGAAGAAAGGGGAUUGAAGUGACUUUGAACGUCGCAUCGUUGUCUGUGACAGGCGGGCUGGUCUGAGUGUUUCAAAAACUGCUGAUCUACUGGGAUUUUCACUCACAACCAUCUCAAGAGUUUACAGAGAAUGGUCUGAAAAAAAAAAGAGAAAAUAUCCAGUGUGCAGCAAUUGUGUGGAGGAAAAUGCGUUAUCGAUGUUAGAGGUCGGAGGAGGAUGGGCAGACUGGUUUGAGGUGAAAGAAAGGCAACAGUGAGUAAAAUAACUGCUUGUUACAACCAAAGUUUGCAGAAUAUCAUCUCUGAACGCACAACAUGUCCAACUUUGAAGCAGAUGGGCUACAGCCUGUCUAUAUACCCAUCUCUACUUCCAGCAGGAUAAUGCACUGUCGCAUAAAGCUCAGACUAUCUCAAACUGGUGUCUUGAACAUGACAGUAAGUUCCCUGUACUUCAGUGGCCUCCCUCCACAGACAUCAGAUCUCAAGCCAACAAAACGUAGGUUUAUGACCUCUAUCCAUGAGGGAGGGGACCAUAGACUGGACAGUGUCUGCCUCUUCGCUGGAUGAAGCGAAUUCUGGAAAAAACCCAGAAUUACCAAGAGCUUUUUAGCUUCAAAUCCGUAUACUGGUGGAAGACAGAACCAAGCUGUCCAAAGUAUAUACAGUCCAUGGAGGGGACUAAAUUACUUGGCUUCACUUUUGGGGAACCAUCAUGUUACACAUGUUCUUUUCUGUGGUCUGUGGUAUUAAUUAAAGAGACUAAUAUUGUCAAUUAGUCCAGAGGGAGGAGCCACUUGUGACUGUUUUGUUUACAAACAACAACCAACAAUCAUUUCACCAUCGAGUGGUCCUGAGGUUUGACAAGAAGCAAAAAGCAAAGCCCUUCUCUGAUUCCUAAAUCCAGUAAGACUCUAUAGAUUUUUUCCCCCUCUGAUAAUGGAAGUUUGGUGCUUUGACCCUCUAAGGGAACGCUGUCCGUAAAUGCAGCAGAUUUAAACACAUUAAAAUGCUUUUAAGGGUCGAUGUGAGUCGGAGCUCUAUGCAAUUUGGCUUUUAGAUUAUUUUAAGAACUUUUUUUUUUACAGAAUGAAACCAGAGAGGUGAGUGGGAAUUGCCUCUCUCUGUGUGCAUGGGUUUCACUGUGUUUCUGCCGCGCUGGUUCGUUGAGCACAAAAUGGCCACGGUUCAAAGACAUAACGAGGAUUACCACGGAUCCACACUGAGCAUUUCCUAUGACAACAGCACUCUGCAUCCCCCUCUUUUUUUUAUUUCACAGCGCAGAUUUAACAUGUGACGCCCUCUCCCUCUCUUAAGACAGAACAAGGAGGAAACAUCUGACUGAACAUAAACAUUGACCCUCCGCUACACAUCGCAUGACAACGCUGUUUCGCUCGCAUGUAAAGGAGCCCUGCAGCUGCUAACAAUGUGCGUGUGUGCACAUGUGUUCAAGUGUGUCCAGGCCUCCUCCUGAGCUCCCUCCCACGCUCCUGUAGGGAGACUGUGUAAAUACACACUAUUCUCCCUUUCACCAUCACCGUAAUCCAUAAUGCAGUCUCGUCUCUCUCAGAAACUACAUUUACUGUAUCUAUUAUUCAGAAGUUUAAAAAUAGUUGAUUUUUUUUUCUAUAAAGCAACUGAUAUUACUAUAAAUGUCUGGAUGUGACUGUUGCUUCACCUUCUGAGCUUUUUCUCAAACCUCGAUGUAAUACCACCAUUUUGAAUUAUUUAUCCAAACACCACUCACACGCAAACUCACAUCAUGUGAUACAUACACAAACACACACAGACAGCUGAAAAGGGACUAUUUUGAGAUCUUUAUAAAAGCUUUGUUGUUGUGGGUAGCUGAGAGACGUAUUUUAGGAGGCUUGCAAAAAUGUCAUAAAAUUGACUUUUGAAAAGGCUAUCAAGGUGAAUUUUACCGUUUUAGUGGCUCCUUUCCUCUCUUUAAAAUUCAUCACGGCCUGCAGCCUUAGAAAAUAGAUCCUACUUUGUCCAUUUCACCUCACACUCCCACACAUCUUCUCUCUUGUCUCUAAUUUUUGUCUCUGUUUUAGGGGAGCUUUCUCUGAGGUGGUUCUAGCAGAGGAAAGGGGAACCCAGAGGCUGGUGGCCAUCAAGUGCAUCCCCAAGAAAGCGCUGGAAGGCAAAGAGAACAACAUUGAGAAUGAAAUCGCCGUACUACACAGGUGAGGUCGCCUGAGUUGCGUCACCACAUGUCCAGCAGGCGGAAUAAAGCUGCUCCAUGUGUGAACGGAUGCAGUAUAUAUAUAUGUAUAUGCAAGGGGGUCAAUUGAAUGAGUAGCUAAAUGCAUGGUGUCAGUAGAAACAGUUAGAUUGUGCACCGGAAAUGUCAGGAGUAAAAGAAGAUAGACCUAUUUUUAGUGUCCCUGUUGCCAGGGUAACAGCACACAGAGGCGGAGAUGGUGUUGGAGUUCCCCGCAGCAGUGUAUUGAAGAAAGAGAAAGAGACAUAGAGGGUGGAAAUGUGGAGGAGGAGGAGAAAGAGGAGGAGGAGGAGGAGAGGGGUACAAAAGAGGAGAAGGAUAUGGAAGAAGGAGAGGAGUGGAGUUUGGCAAAUUUUUUAAAGUCAAGGUAAAAAUAAGAACGAGUGAGAGAAAGUAAAACAGAUAACCCGAUAAACGGAUUCUCUGUUUCUACUAAAAGUUGCAUCAGCCUCUCCCAGCUGCUGAUGGUGUGUUCAAAAGCUCUCAGACUUGUGAACCAGGAGAGUUGCUCCACAGUCUGUCGGAUGAUUCAUAGCAAUAAACGAUCGGGCUCCUCUUCAAUGAGUGUGAGUCUGAUGUUUGUUACAUUCAUUCUGUAAGGCCCUAUGGCUCUAAUCUCCAAAGCUGCUCUUUGUGAAAGCUUCCAGCUGCUGCACACACCGGUCAUUGUCAACCCACACCAGGAGGUACUUACUGUACCUAAAUCUCCUCUGUGUUUGAUCUGAGAGGAGUUUUUUUAGCGAUCAGGGGGAACUCAUAUGUGUGAUCCACAUUUACUGUAGUGGGGCUUUCCUGGAGAAGAGAGAGAACCGAGCGCUCUGAACCUGAAUUAUGCAGCAAGAAUGCCAUCUGGUGUCCAACUGACAGUAAGCAUUAGAGGAAAGUGGCUCAAUUAAAAAUGCAACAUCUGUUAUCUAAUGUUUUUUUCUUCUUCCCGUUUUAUCUUACUCAGAAUCCAGCACCCCAAUAUUGUUUCACUGGAGGACAUCUUUGAAAGUACAUCCCAUCUAUAUCUCGUCAUGCAGCUGUAAGUGCACUCUCUCCUCAUGUUACACAAAGCGUUGUCGUAUGAGAGAAACCAGUAUUUUUAGCAAUCAGAAACAGCAAUGACAGCUAUUUAUCAGUCAAUAUGAUGAUUUAGAUCAAAUUCCUGAUAGUCACGAAGCAACAAUAGCAAGACAGUCUUUUGUUUUACUUCAGAAAUGUUACUGUUCACUGAAAUGAAAUCAUUUUAAACUUAAAGUGUUUGAUUUUAGGACUGUUUGUCAUACAAAACCAGAUAUUUGAAUUUCAAAUUGUGGCAUUUAAGACACUUAAUUAGGGUAGGGUUCCUGCACAGUUGGAAUUUCCAUACUUUUCCAUACCCUACUUUUUAGAAUUGUGGUAACACUUUACAAUAACCAUAAUUUAUAAAUGGCAAAUAGAUAGUUUAUUAAGACCUAGAAAUUUCCAUACUUGUGUAGGAACCCUGUUAGGAACUUGUGAUGGAUACACUUUAAAGAUCAUUGGGGAAUGGUUUGACAUGAAUGAAAUGGACUGAAAUUCAUUUUAAUGCCUUUUUAUGAUAAACAAAAGCAAACAAGACCAUCGGUGAUCAGUUGGGUGAUUUCUACACUGUAAAUUUUAAUGCAUGAAACCGCUGCAAGGGGGUAGGUAUGAGCCAAGCAGUCUGAGAAACCACCCUGUUUUCACAUUUCCCACAAUAAAUUAUUUAUCUGACUGUUAAAGCCAGCAGGAUGUGUUAUUUUUGUCAAAGAACAGGGCAAUAUGAGUAGAGCCAACUUUGUCCACAAGGGGCGCCAAAAUUGACACAAACCAAAAGUUUCUUACAAGAGCUUUAAUUUUUAAACAAUCUCAAAAUGCAAUUUUACUUUUCUAUUAUCCAUAGAGACAGUUUAAUGUUUAAGAGCAUUAUUUCACAUUUUAUUUUGAUCCAUGCAUUUGUCUCUUUUAGAAUAAACACGAGAUACUUGAGCUCAAAACCCUCGGCAAAAAAAAAAAAGAAAAGAAAAAAAUGAAACUAUUACAUCCUCAUCCUAAUAUUUACUCUCUAUUAUGAAGUAACACAAGCAAGCACCCCUAAAGUCCCCCAUCAUUCAACUAUAAAGAUAAAUGGGGAUGGAUGGGCAACAAGAGCCAAAGCACUUCAAGAGAGAUGUCUUUAGGGAGAUGUCAGAAAAAAGACAGAGCCAGGAUGAGAGGCCUGUUUGGACUAGAGCUCAACCCCCUGCCAGGUUAGUCUGGCAGGGAUCUAUUCCUAUCCCAACUUCCCUGUUAACAAGAGGGGAAAAGAGGGAGAAUAGAGAAAGUGUCUGAAAAUAGAUGUGAGAAAAAAGAUCACACUGAACCAGAGAAGAAGCCUGUUUGGGUUCAAAUGUUAGGAUCUAAAACUCAAAACGGCCUUUUUAUAUCACAGAACCUUGUAUUCAUGACUUGUAAAGAGCGUUAUAAACACCUAAAUUAGCCUUUAAUUCAAUAACUCAAACUAAAAACUCCAACCCACUGGUAAGAAAUUGAUUAAUUUAUGUAUUGAAACAAGAUUUUCCCCCUGAUUUUUGCCUGGCAGGGUAUCUGGAGGUGAGUUGUUCGACAGGAUUGUAGAGAAAGGUUUCUACACUGAGAGAGAUGCCAGUCAGCUGAUUCACCAGAUUUUAGAUGCUGUCAAAUACCUCCAUGACAUGGGGAUCGUCCACAGAGACUUAAAGGUAAAGGACUCCAAAAGCUGCUCGUUGUUAACCGUUGUCUUCCACUUUUAAACCCUCCUCUACAAUCAUGUGUCUUCUCUUUGCAGCCAGAGAAUCUGCUGUACUACAGUAUGGAUGAGGACUCCAAAAUCAUGAUCAGUGACUUUGGACUGUCAAAGAUCGAGGGAGCGGGCAGUGUCAUGUCCACAGCCUGUGGUACUCCAGGAUACGUUGGUGAGUCAGACUCACUUCAGCGUCCCCUCUCCCUCUGCUCCUCUCUUUCAUGUAAGCUCAGCACUUCUGUUUGAGCUGAUACCCCCUCUUUAUUCACGGCGCUAUGAGAGGCUCUUUCAUCCACUACUCAGACAAUUGUAAGUCUUUCAGAAGAGCUCUUUACCUGUUUAACGUGGCCUGACAGAUCACAUGGUAUGACUGGAAGGUUAAGAUUACUUGAAUGCACCCUCACUGCUGCUCUGUGUUGUAUUUCCAGCUCAUUCUGUCAAUGACUGCUGUGUGUUUGUGUGUCUCACAGCUCCAGAGGUGCUCGCUCAGAAGCCGUAUAGCAAAGCAGUCGACUGCUGGUCCAUAGGAGUUAUUUCUUAUAUUCUGUAAGUUGGUGCUUUCUACCGAUCUGCAUUUUUUUUCCAUUUGCACUGUUUACUAUGCCUUCAUAACGCUGCACUACCGCCUUAUGGUCAUGUUUAUAGACUGUUUUUAUUCAUUCUUUAUCCCCCUGAGAUUAAUAAAGUAUCUAUCUAUCUAUCUAUCUAUCUUCUUUAGGUUAUGUGGAUAUCCUCCAUUUUAUGAUGAAAAUGAUGCCAAGUUAUUCGAGCAGAUUCUGAAAGCAGAGUAUGAAUUUGACUCUCCGUACUGGGAUGAUAUUUCAGAUUCAGGUACAAACGAUAACAGAAAGUAUAAAUAUGAGUGAAAACAGAGUUUACUGGAAUGACAACAGCUCAAUAUCUGUCUGCAGCCAAAGACUUCAUCUGUCAUCUGAUGGAGAAGGAGCCUAUGAAGAGGUACACGUGUGAGCAGGCCCUGCAGCAUCCAUGGUAAGAGAGUCCAAGUACAAAUGAGGAAUAAGUACAAAAACUGGCACGUUUUAAUUUGAACAGCCAAAUGUAACACUAGCUGCGUUUACAUGGGCACAAAUAAUCGGAAUAAACGCCCGAUCGGAAUAAAAAUGUGUCAUGUAAACAUGUCGAUCGGAAGAUUCUGAUCCAAUUCAGCUCAAUGGAAAAGAAAUUGUAUUCCGAUCAAGAGGGGUGGUUUAUACCAAUCGUUAUUUUGAAACUCUUUAGCCAUUGGUUUAUUUACUGAGGCCAGUCCAUUAUUAACGCUCUGGCAUAAAACACAACCGCAGGUCAUGUCGUGUCUGCUCCUCCGGUAACAUAACAUGGCGUACAUACAGCGUAAUGAUGUCAUAUCUGCACAUACAGUGCAUACUUUGACAGAACAGUAAAACAAGUACGCAAGGGCGCCAUCUAGUGACAACAUUUAACAGGGGAAAACCUCUGAACUGGAUAAAGUGAGACACUACCGCGUUUGUUCGUUUGUUUGUUUGUUGACAGCUCAGGCGUAAAUACAACUCUUCUUCUGCAGUUGUUUUAGCGAAAUCAGACAACUCUGCGCAUGUUCAAACGCUUCUAAUCUGAAUAAAGCUUGGUGCAUGGAUACGCACGUCAUGAUCGGAUUAUUUGAUUUUGCAUCCAUAUAAACAGUGGAUUCAGAUUAUCCGAUCCCUCAAAUUUUUAAUCAGAUCAAGGAAUUUUGCACAUGUAAACGUGGGUAUUAUAACUGACUCACAGCGCACUCCAGGAUAUUCAGUUUCCUUUCUCUGCGGGUGCAUCAGCUGCAUGUAAACUGUCUUCAUUCUUGUUGACUUUGCAGGAUCUGUGGAGACACGGCUCUGGACAAGAAUAUCCAUGAAUCUGUCAGCGCUCAGAUCAAGAAGAACUUCGCUAAAAGUAAAUGGAAGGUCAGUGAAAGAAGAAGAAACCUGCUGAUAGAGCAGUCUGAAGAUUGGCAGGCGUUACUGCACUCUCGUAUGCUGGUGCUGUUUUUCCCCCCUUGCUAGUUGUCAGACAUGAAAGGUCUCUUGCUUUCUCACCCCUCCUCUCCUUCCCCCUCUCUCUCUCGCUUCUCUUUCUGUCAUCAUCUCUCCGUGCAGCAAGCAUUUAAUGCCACAGCGGUGGUGCGCCACAUGCGGAGGUUGCAGCUUGGCACGAGUCUCGAGGGGCCCAGCCAGAUCACUCCCACCAGCCCCUGCCAUGGACUUCUGCUCCCAGAGGAAGAGGAGGAGGAGGAGGACGAUGAGCUGGGGAACGGGGAGGAAGAGAGCUGUAAGUCCACGGUUUACUUGAAAGCAUAAUGCCUCACAAUAUGUGGUUACAAGGCAGGAUAACUAUGACUGUUGAAGGGAUUAGCCAUGUUUAAUAGAAUAAACUUCCUCUAACUUGACCUGUUGUUUGUUUUACUCUCUUUCUCAGUGUCCCACUAUGAAGACGGUCGCCGUGGGAGCACCGAGGGUAGCGCAGAUCGGGACAGCCUGAGAAGCUGCACCUACUGCUGCAGGCCGGCCAGUCGCGUCUGAGCACAACCUCCUGUCGUCAUGGUGACAUUGUAUCCCUGGAGAGCCCAGAGCCUGCCCCGCCCAGUCUGGCCAGGAAUGCAGAGUAGUUAUCUGGCAGGGUCCACAGCAAGCAGGUCACUGUCACAGUGUGGAGAAACAUGCCACCAGUUUUUGUCUUUAAAAAAAACAAAAAAAAAAACACACAUCAACACAUCUCGGCGCAAGACUCAUGAGUCAGAUUCCAACUUUGCUGCAGAACAGAAUGCAUGGCAGAUUAUAAAAAGAGGGUCUGAAACAAAACCCCCGAGUCACUCCACAUCAGAGCACUGUAUAAAAAGACAGUCCAGUGACAGCUCCCGAAAAGUGAAGCCAAAAUAUUUAGAGCUCCCCCUUGUGGCUAGCUGCAGUGUAGGCCAUAAACCUGCCUUCACUGUGUGAACAGAUCCACCAACCCUCUGAGCAUGCCUUGGUUUUCACAGUCAGUGCCAAUACAGGAUGUUAGCUCACAACCACGUUUUAUUUUGGCUUCACUUUGUAGCAGGCAGGGUGCAAAUGACGAGGGGUGGAUCCAGAUGUGUUUGACUGGGGUGGCCAAAUCAGGCAUUAGGGAAGGUUUAUAUUUGUUUCCACAAGUGACCAAAAUUUAUCACUUCCAUCCUCUCCCAUUAUAUCAGCUUUCAUUACAAAUAUUUACAUACCAUACAGAUGUCAAUGUUCAAUUGUACACCUUGAAAAUGUACACAAGUGGCAGCACAUAAUUCCUUUAGGACUCAAAAUGAAGAUACUUUUUGAAGAACUUCCUAAGAUAAUGCCCACCACUGACACACCAAAAGCUGCUUGCAUUCUUACUGUCUCCACACACCAAGCAUAAAAUCAUUCACGCGAAUGAAUUACAUGUUAAGUCAAUGCAAAGACACGAUUAGACACUCCUACGACUCUUGCACAAAUCUCAACUCGAGCAGAUAUUUGCGUCGCGAUAGCUACUCAGCACGAAGGUUGCCAGGUGACGUAUGAAAACGGACGGUUGUUCACUGUUAUCUAAAAUGGAGGACAAACUGAUCGUGUUAUUAUACGAUACCUUUUCUUUCAAUUACCGAAACCGGAAUGAAAAGGCGCUCGCCUGGAGGCAAGUGAGUGAGGAGGUCAGAUUACCUGGUAAAUUGUAAAAAAAAACCUUUGUCUAUCACUUGAUCCUGUCUGUUGAGUUGGCAGGGAUUAUCGUUGAAAUUACCGCUGACACGCAAAUGAAGCAGGUAAAUACUAUUCAUUCGCGCGUCUAGAUUCACGCGAAUUAAGCGAGUAGAUGUUUUUACUCGCGCUUGGUGUGAGCACCCCAUAAGAAUAGUAGAAUUAGCUAUCAAGUCUUGAAAUGGGGCCCAUGCCCCCCCCUGGCCACCCCCUCUGGAUCCACCCCUGCACAAUUCUACAGGUGGGUUUGGAAAUUUUCGUCAGAAAGCAUCAAGGCUGCAGAAUCUCAUUUGUAGACUAGACGAUGACCUUUCGGCAGUCUUCUCCUUUAUUUUCUUUCUCACAUAAUCUGUCACAUCUACCUCUAACUGCAACUUUUGACGGUCCACACCCUCUACAUUGAUGGCAGCUUCUUGCCAGACAGGGCACAAAGAGGGAAACAGUGCUGAAAGCUACUCCUGCAUGUCUUAAUAUCCAUCAGUGCGGCUCAGUCCAGCCACUGAUGAAGUAGCUGCUAAGUUGAGUUCAUCGUGAGGCACGUGUUUAAAGGCAGCGCCACCUGCCUGUUUGUCCCGCUCAGUCACUCUGUCUGUUUCCUUACAUUUAGGUGGAAAUUUUCAUAUUUUUCAGCUGCAGUUUUGUUUUAUUUGUUUACAUUCAAAGUUUAAGACUGUAAGUGGCAAAGCAAGCACUUUUGAUAGUCCAAAGUGACUUGCUUGUAAUUGUCCUAAAGGAAUACAUGGAAGUUACAACGGUCUUGUUGAAGCUGAUGUAUUCCGCUGGAACAAUUUCACGAUAAUUUGAACAUCAUUGUCAUGGAAACGAAGGACCCAGAUUUAAAAAUAAAGGAAUCCCCACCUCUGCUGUUUCGUGUUAGCAUUUACAUCUUUAUUUUAAGGCCUAUUUUGUAAAAAAGGAUGGUGGUUCUGGAGGGGUUUGGACUCUAUAUUCUGGCUCAGACUGGGUUUGUGAAGGGUGGUUCUGACCUGAAGUGUCUGCAUGCUUUUUCUUUUUUGUUUUGUUUUCUUUUUGGGGAGGGGGGGCGGGCAUCAAAUUGUAUGAAUAUAAAGAGGAGACUUUUAUUUUUUAAGUUUUAUGGCUGUUCUGUUAUCAGAGGCUCAAACUGAGAUCCCCGCAUCAGCCUGUGAAAUCACAGGAACGUGACCGCGAAGAUGGAGGUGCAAUUAUGCAGAGAGAGAGAAAAAAAACAAAAAACAACAUAUCCAUAUCAUGGUUAUUCCUGCUGCUCUGUCCCUGACAAAUGUCUGAGUCCUGCAUGCUUUCAGUCUCUGGAUCAUACAGGGAUCUCAGUUCGGGCGCUCCGCCUGCUCUGUGCUGUGCACCUCUAGUGGAAGAAGUUUUGGUCUACUGUUUGCAUGACCUGGUUAAAUAUGUUUACAUGAAUGAUGAUCAAUUAGUAUAAACACAUGAUUAUUAUUACUCUGUUGUAUCAAGAAAAAAAAAAAGUUGUAAUACUGUAAUUUUGAGCUAUAUAAUGUGAAGUGAGUAACACCAGAAGUAAUGUUGUUGACAAAGUACAACACAGCACAGUGGACUUAUCAUUUGCAUCGACUCAGAUGCUCAAGUCUCUGCCUGAGAGACUUUUCUCCUCUGACUUUGAAACCCUGAUAUUUUUCCAGUCUGUUUUCUUGCUGUUGCUUGCUUGAACUUUAUUUGUUUCUUUCUUUUUUUUCACUGUUUGUUACCUUGGCACAAGCAGAAAAAAAAAUACACAUAUCCUAAAAGGUGCCAGCCACAGUAUGAAGCAUAAAAAUGGUGCUGGAAACAUUACCUGUCAGCCAUGGGAGUAGCCUUCAGUGUGGAUUUGUCCUCUUUGGGAGUAGAUGAACUAAAGCCAUAAAGAGAAGUGGGGGGUGUUCAACUCAGAUGUGUUGUAAUCUCAUGAAUUUACGACUCAGAUGAAGGAUGGCGAUGUUUCAGCAACAUAUUUAUCGUAGACGAGAUAAAGAGGCACAAUUCUCCCUGCAACAACUCGCUGAAAACCUAAAUCACAGCAUUGUUAAUUUCAGGUAUGUUAUGACGUUAAACCAUAUCAUCUGUUAGCUGUAGAGAAGGCAAACCAGCUCAUCGAAACGCUGUUGCCCAUUUAAAAACACUUCUCCCGAUCUGCCACUGAUAUUUGCGGGUUCAUAGUAAAGGAAAGAAACCACUCUGGAUUUACAUGUCGGUAAUUGUGGAAAAUAUGCAAACUGUGUGUGAAGGGCUUCAUGUUACCUGUAAGAUAGCCAAUGAUGAUGACUUUGUUAUGAAAAUGGCUAUUAUUCGUUUGGUACUUACGCUGAACUGGGAUCUGUUUCCACUUAGCUGUGUUUGUUUUACUUUUUAAAAGCUCGUUCUACCCAUCAAAACACAUCCAAUGCAUAAAAGAAAACACAUGUAUAUUAUAUAUAUAAAUAUAAGUAUAUAUUGUAUAUCCUUUUUUGUAAAAGCUGUUGUGAGCUACAAAAGUAUGGAUGCAAUGCAUCAUGGGUUAUUGAACAAGACGUAAGAAAAUACAAUGAUUUGUACCCACAGAGAUAAGACUGCAGGAAAUGAAAUAAAACUUCCUUGUCUAUGCA